AUGGGUUUGACGAGGCGCAUUUUACUUCUUUUAUGGGCAGCCUUUACUUAUUACAGAACUAAUGCCGAACAAGUUGUGGUUUUGGACACCACGGGGGAGGCCAGUCUCGAUUGGACUCGGUACCCUUACGGACCGCAGGCGAACACUCCAGGGUGGGUGGAAGAAUCCUUCACGAAUUUCCUGAAGGGCAUCAACUGGAGGUCCUAUGUCGUCUGCGACGUCGCCUACAACAACGUAAACAACUGGCUGUGGACGCCCUUCAUAGACCGAAACGUUUCGAAUAGGAUGUACAUCGAGAUUAAAUUCACCAUCAGGGAUUGCAGCCUUUUUCCCGGAAACGCUUUGUCCUGCAAGGAGACGUUUAGUUUGUUGUAUUACGAAUUCGAUGCUGUAACGAGAGAACCGCCUCCCUGGGACGCGGAAAGAUACAAACUGAUAAGUCGCAUAGCGGCCGGCGAGGGUCGAUUCAACUCCAACAGCGAAGUCAACAUCAACACCGAAGUGAAAAGCAUCCCAGUCACUAAAAAAGGGGUGUACUUCGCGUUCAGAGACCAAGGAGCUUGCAUAUCGCUUCUGGCCAUAAAAAUAUAUUACAUAGUGUGCCCCGAAGUGACGAUAAACUUCGCUCGAUUCCCUACCACCCCCACGGGCAAGGAAAUAACGAUAAUAGAACAGGCGUCCGGCACUUGCGUGAGCAACGCCGAAAUGGUCGGCGGUACUCCGACGUACCUCUGCAAAGGCGACGGCAAAUGGACGUUGCCCACCGGCGGUUGCAAAUGCAAGGCGGGCUACCAGCCCGACAUGGAGAAACAAACCUGCAACAUUUGCCAACGGGAGACGUACAAAGCGGAGACCGGCGACGGCCCGUGUCUUCCUUGUCCGCUCUUCUCCCAAGGACCCGACAACGGUUUGACCGAAUGCCCCUGCAUUCCGGAGUAUUACCGAGCGGCCAGCGAUCCCAAAAACAUGUCUUGCACGCAACCCCCGUCAGCGCCGCAAAACCUAACCGUGAGCUUCGUCGAUCAAUCGACGGUGAUCCUGAGCUGGCUACCGCCCGACAACCUCGGCGGCCGAUCCGAUACGGUGUACAGGAUAAAAUGCGACGCCUGCAGCCCCGGAUUGGUACAAUACAAUCCGAAUUUGGACACGUUCAACGAGAGCCGCGUGACGAUCAGCGGCCUGAACGCCGUCACCACCUACAGAUUUCAGAUAUUCGCCGAGAACGGCGUGUCGCAUUUGGCGCGUCGCGACGGCCCCAAAUACGCCGACAUCGUCGUCACCACCGAGGCCUCGGUGGCCAGCAGCAUAGCCAACAUUAGGGUGACGGCGGUGAAGAGCGCCGAGAUCACGUUGGCUUGGGACGCACCGACCAACAACGACGGAUCCGACAUGGAGAGCGAUCUGGUCGAAGCCUACGAGGUGCGGUGGUUCCAGCGGAACGACAUCGACUACAGCAACAACAGCUUGCUGACGUCCGAUCUAUCGGCGACGAUAACCGGAUUGCAGCAGAGGACCGAGUACGGUUUGCAAGUGCGGGCGAAAACGCAGAGAGGUUGGGGCGCUUACUCGCCGGUGAUAUUCAAAACGACCGGGCAAUUGUUGAAUCCAGCUUACAUAGGAGACGAGGAAGGUUUGAAAUUGCGCCUGGUCGCCGGUGGGAUUGUGGCUGUGGUGGUUUUGCUGGUGGCCGUUAUCGUUUUAACGGUGGUGUUCCUGCGGACGAGAUCGAACGAUGAAUGUAAUAAAAAACAGCCGAGCGAUUGCGAUACUUUGGAAUAUCGCAAUGGAGAAGUUCAUCAUAGCUUGGACAACCCCCCUAUAGUUGCCACGCACACAAACGUGACAACGCCACUAUUUACCGGAAUAAGCGGCUCGUCCAGAACUUACAUCGAUCCUCACACUUACGAGGAUCCCAAUCAAGCCGUGAGGGAAUUCGCCAGAGAAAUCGACGCCAGUUGCAUCACAAUCGAAGCCAUCAUCGGCGGCGGAGAGUUCGGAGACGUGUGCAAGGGCGUGCUAAAAAUGAACGGCGUGGACAUCAACGUGGCCAUAAAAACCCUGAAGGCGGGCUCGUUGGACAAGUCGCGCAACGAUUUCCUCACCGAGGCCUCCAUAAUGGGCCAAUUCGAACAUCCCAACGUGAUCUUCCUCCAAGGCGUCGUCACCAAAUCCAAUCCCGUCAUGAUCAUAACGGAGUACAUGGAGAACGGUUCGCUCGACACUUUCCUAAGGGCGAACGACGGGAAAUUCCAAGUGAUCCAAUUGACGGGCAUGUUGCGCGGCAUCGCGUCCGGCAUGCAGUACCUCAGCGAAAUGAACUACGUACAUCGAGAUUUGGCCGCCAGGAACGUGCUGGUGAAUUCUCAAUUAGUGUGUAAGAUAGCCGAUUUCGGAUUGAGCAGAGAAAUCGAAAGUGCCACAGAGGGAGCCUAUACUACAAGGGGCGGUAAAAUACCCGUUCGAUGGACGGCUCCCGAAGCGAUAGCAUUCCGAAAAUUCACGUCGGCCAGCGACGUUUGGUCGAUGGGCAUCGUUUGUUGGGAGGUGAUGUCGUACGGCGAACGACCCUAUUGGAAUUGGUCGAAUCAGGACGUGAUAAAAAGCAUCGAAAAGGGCUAUAGAUUGCCCGCGCCGAUGGAUUGUCCCGAAGCGAUUUACCAAUUAAUGUUAGAUUGUUGGCAGAAGGAACGGACCCACCGGCCCACUUUCCAAUCGAUUGUAAAAACUUUAGAUAAAUUAAUUCGAGUACCCGAUACCCUAAGAAAAAUUGCUCAGAAUCGGUCGACAAACCCCCUAUCGGCCGACGCGCCGGAUCUCACGAACUUCACCUGCAUCGAAGAGUGGUUGAAUUCGAUCAAGAUGACGAGGUACUUGGAGAACUUCCAUUCGGGCGGCAUCAAUUCGAUGGACGCCGUCGUCAAUUUGACGGUGAAGGAGCUGACGGAGCUGGGCAUCACGCUGGUGGGGCACCAGAAGAAGAUCAUGAACAGCGUGCAGAACAUGCGGGCGCAGAUACGGGUCAACGGCAACGAGGGGUUCCUGGUUUGA